GCUUUCUGGUGCGGACCGCGAGCGGAGGCUGAGAGCGCCGCCGCCGGAGAAGACCGACCCUCGGCCAGAGCCAGCCCGUGGCGCCCGGGCCUGGCUGGCUGCUUCCCGCCUCAGCCGCUGCUCCGGCUCCCACUGCCGCAGACACUCUCCAGGCGGGCGCGGCGGAACGCGAGGUCCUUCGGCCCAGCCCGGUCCGGUGCGGCCCGGAUCCGUGGCACGGGAGGACCCCUACAGUGGACCAUGAGUUGGUAAUGCCCACUGAGGACUUCUGGGAGCCAUGUCAGACGAAUCCGCCUCAGGGAGCGAUCCAGACCUGGACCCGGACGUGGAGCUGGAGGAUGCGGAAGAGGAGGAGGAGGAGGAGGAGGUGGCAGAGGAGGACCAUGACAGGGAUGACGAGGAAGAGCUGCUGGAUGACCCAUCCCUGGAAGGCAUGUGUGGCACUGAGCAUGCCCAGCUGGGGGAAGAUGGGCAGCGGCCGCCGCGGUGCACUUCAACUACCUCAUCUCAGUCUGAGCCUUCAGAGCAGCUUAGGCACCAAGGCAAGACCCUAGCAUCCGAAGACCCCAAAAAGAAGAGAGCUCAGAAGCCCUCCCAUAUGAGAAGAAACAUACGAAAGCUACUCCGGGAGGAUCAAUUGGAGCCUGUUACCAAAGCAGCACAGCAGGAGGAACUGGAAAGAAGAAAGCGCCUGGAGCAGCAGAGGAAAGAAUAUGCAGCCCCCAUUCCUACUGUUCCUUUGGAGUUCCUGCCUGAGGAAAUUGUCUUACGAGCAAGUGAUGGUCCCCAACUCCCUCCUCGGGUCUUGGCCCAGGAAGUCAUUUGUUUGGACAGUAGCAGUGGCAGUGAGGAUGAAAAAAGCAGUAGAGAUGAGGUGAUUGAACUGAGUUCUGGAGAAGAGGAUACUCUGCACAUUGUGGACAGCAGUGAGUCUGUCAGUGAGGAGGACGAGGAAGAGGAAAAGGGUGGCACCCAUGUGAAUGAUGCCUUAAACCAGCAUGAUGCUCUUGGGCGGGUCCUUGUCAACCUGAAUCACCCUCCAGAGGAGGAGAAUGUCUUCCUGGCCCCACAGUUGGCACGGGCUGUGAAACCUCAUCAGAUUGGUGGGAUCCGGUUCCUAUAUGAUAACCUAGUAGAGUCUUUAGAAAGGUUUAAGACCAGUAGUGGCUUUGGCUGUAUCCUGGCCCAUAGCAUGGGUCUGGGGAAAACUCUGCAAGUGAUCUCCUUCAUUGAUGUCCUCUUCCGCCACACACCAGCCAAAACAGUCCUUGCCAUUGUGCCGGUUAAUACUCUUCAGAAUUGGCUGGCAGAGUUCAACAUGUGGCUCCCACCUCCUGAAGCCCUCCCAGCUGACAGCAAGCCUGAAGAAGUACAGCCAAGGUUCUUCAAAGUUCAUAUCUUGAAUGAUGAACACAAGACAGUGGCAUCUCGUGCUAAAGUGACGGCUGAUUGGGUUUCAGAGGGUGGAGUGCUGCUGAUGGGGUAUGAAAUGUACAGACUGCUCACACUGAAGAAGUCCUUUGCCACAGGUAGACCGAAGAAAACCAAGAAACGCUCUCACCCCGUCAUUAUUGAUCUGGAUGAAGAAGAUCGACAGCAGGAGUUCCGGAGAGAGUUUGAGAAGGCCUUAUGCCGCCCUGGUCCCGAUGUGGUGAUCUGUGAUGAGGGACACCGCAUCAAAAAUUGCCAAGCCAGCACCUCACAGGCUCUGAAGAACAUACGUUCUCGUCGGCGGGUAGUGCUGACUGGGUACCCUCUACAGAACAACCUCAUUGAGUACUGGUGCAUGGUGGACUUUGUGCGCCCAGAUUUCCUUGGAACUCGUCAGGAGUUCAGCAACAUGUUUGAACGCCCUAUCCUGAAUGGGCAGUGUAUUGACAGCACACCUCAGGAUGUCCGCCUCAUGCGCUACCGGAGCCAUGUUUUGCACAGCCUCCUGGAGGGCUUUGUGCAGAGGAGAGGCCAUACUGUGUUGAAGAUUCACCUCCCUGCCAAAGAAGAGAAUGUGAUCCUGGUGCGGCUUUCUCAGAUCCAGCGAGAUUUGUACACACAAUUCAUGGACCGUUUCCGGGACUGUGGUAGCAGUGGCUGGUUGGGGCUGAACCCUCUGAAGGCUUUCUGUGUGUGCUGCAAGAUCUGGAACCACCCUGAUGUUCUGUAUGAAGCCCUUCAGAAGGAAAACCUAGCCAAUGAGCAGGACCUAGAUGUGGAGGAGCUUGGGACCAGUGCCCGUUGCCCACCGCAGGGCACAAAAGUCAAGGGAGAAGAUAGCACCUUGGCUUCCUCAAUGGGAGAAGCAACCAAUAGCAAGUUCCUACAGGGAGUUGGCUUUAACCCUUUCCAGGAGCGAGGCAAUAACAUUGUUACGUAUGAAUGGGCCAAGGAUCUCCUGACUAAUUAUCAGACUGGAAUCUUAGAAAACUCUCCCAAGAUGGUACUUCUUUUCCACCUGAUUGAAGAAAGUGUGAAGCUUGGGGACAAGGUCCUUGUGUUUAGCCAGAGUCUUUCCACCUUGGCUCUCAUUGAGGAGUUCCUAGGGAAACGAGACGUGCCCUGUCUGCCUGGUGCCGAGGGUCAAGGAGCACAGAAGUGGGUCCGAAAUGUCAGCUACUUCCGGCUAGAUGGUAGCACCCCUGCCUUUGAGAGAGAGCGGCUCAUUAAUCAGUUCAAUGAUCCCAGCAACCUUACCACCUGGCUGUUCCUUCUUUCUACGAGGGCUGGAUGCUUGGGUGUGAAUCUGAUUGGUGCCAACCGAGUGGUAGUAUUUGAUGCUUCCUGGAACCCUUGCCAUGAUGCCCAGGCAGUAUGUCGAGUAUACCGUUAUGGCCAGAAAAAGCCCUGUCACAUCUAUCGCCUUGUGGCCGAUUAUACUCUUGAAAAGAAGAUCUAUGACCGGCAGAUUUCCAAGCAGGGCAUGUCAGACCGGGUGGUGGAUGAUCUAAACCCAAUGCUGAACUUCACCCGGAAGGAAGUAGAGAAUCUGCUUCACUUUGUUGAGAAGGAGCCAGCUCCCCAAACGUCUUUGGAUAUAAAGGGGAUCAAGGAGUCAGUCUUGCAGCUUGCCUGUCUGAAAUACCCUCACCUCAUCACCAAGGAGCCUUUUGAGCACGAGUCAUUGCUCCUCAACCGAAAGGAUCACAAGCUGACCAAAGCUGAGAAGAAAGCAGCAAAGAAAAGCUAUGAGGAGGACAAGCGCACGUCAGUGCCCUAUACUCGCCCAUCAUAUGCACAGUAUUACCCUGCCAGUGACCAGAGCCUGACCAGCAUCCCUGCCUUCAGCCAGAGGAACUGGCAGCCAACACUGAAGGGUGAUGAAAAGCCUGUGGCCAGUGUUCGUCCUGUACAGUCCACCCCUAUCCCCAUGAUGCCCCGGCAUGUCCCACUCGGUGGCAGUGUAGGCUCUGCCUCCAGCACAAAUCCAUCCAUGAACUUCCCCAUUAACUACUUGCAGCGGGCAGGAGUCCUUGUGCAGAAAGUGGUCACCACGACAGAUAUUGUUAUUCCUGGACUCAACAGCUCCACAGAUGUUCAGGCAAGAAUCAAUGCUGGUGAGAGCAUCCAUAUCAUCCGGGGGACAAAAGGGACAUACAUCCGCACCAGUGAUGGACGGAUCUUUGCUGUCCGGGCAACUGGCAAACCAAAGGCCCCUGAAGAUGGUCGGAUGGCUGCCUCAGGUUCCCAGGGGCCUGCUCUUGCGUCCACAAGCAAUGGCAGACAUAGUGCCUCAUCACCCAAAGCCCCUGACCCUGAGGGGCUGGCCAGGCCCGUCUCUCCUGACAGCCCAGAGAUCAUCAGUGAGCUCCAACAGUAUGCAGAUGUGGCCGCUGCUCGGGAAUCCCACCAGAACUCCCCAAGCAUCAGUACCGCCCUGCCUGGCCCUCCAGCCCAACUUAUGGACAGUAGUACCAUUCCCGGGACAGCGCUUGGAACUGAGCCUUGCCUUGGGGGUCAUUGCCUCAAUAGUUCUCUUUUGGUGACUGGCCAGCCCAGUGGUGGCAGGCAUCCAGUGCUGGACUUAAGGGGCCACAAGCGAAAGUUGGCCACUUCAUCUGCCACCCAGGAGUCAGUCCGUCGGCGGUCCAGGAAGGGCCAUCUGCCAGCCCCCGUGCAGCCCUAUGAACACGGGUAUCCAGUCUCUGGCGGGUUUGCCAUGCCACCCGUCUCCUUAAAUCAUAACCUCACCACCCCCUUCACCUCCCAGGCUGGGGAUAAUUCCCUGUUUAUGGGCAAUACCCCCUCCUACUACCAGCUGUCCAAUUUGCUGGCAGAUGCCCGCCUGGUGUUCCCAGUGACUACUGACCCUCUGGUGCCAGCAGGCCCUGUCAGUUCCUCUUCCACGGCUACCUCAGUCACUGCCAGCAACCCCUCCUUCAUGCUCAACCCCUCUGUGCCAGGGAUACUACCCAGCUAUUCACUCCCAUUCUCACAGCCACUCCUGUCCGAGCCGAGGAUGUUUGCGCCUUUUCCUUCCCCUGUCUUGCCCAGCAACCUUUCCAGGGGCGUGUCUGUCUACCCAGGCUACAUGUCCCCACAUGCAGGCUACCCAGCUGGUGGUCUCCUCCAGUCCCAGGUGCCUCCAUUUGACUCCCAUGAGGUUGCUGAGGUGGGGUUCAGCUCCAAUGAUGAUGAGGAUAAAGAUGAUGACGUGAUAGAGGUCACUGGGAAAUAGCGAGGAAGCCCCUUCCCACCUCACUUGGGGCCCCUAGCAGGUUGCCCACCAAACUGGAAGGCAGUGAACCUGGUCUUUCUGAAAAUAGGGUACUUGGCAGGAGGGAAAAGAAGAGUGGUUGGCCAUAAUGGCAGGGCUCUAUUGCUGUUUAUUAGAAGAAAAAAAAUAACAAAAGGAAAAAAAAACCCAACAGAGCCGCAAUAGUGGGAAAUCAGGGACCGAAAACAGGGAUGGAGGGGUAGGGCAGCCUGCCUCUUCCUUCCUGCCUUGCUUUCGCUGUCUGCUUAUUUGCCCAUCUGAGUGUAUAAGCUCACAUCCCAUUCUGCCUUUGGGAACAUCUCUCCCAAGAGAGCUGCCUUACUCAGUGACUUCGUUUGGCCUGGGGAUGGGAGAAGUGAGGGAGAUAAGGGAAGGCAUGGGGAGCAGACUAAGAUCCCAUGUGAAGUGGUAUCUUUUUAGGAGGUUGGAAGGAAGCAGACAGGUGUGUGUGUGUGUGUGUGUGUGUGUGAGAGAGAGAGAGAGAGAGAGAGAGAGAGAGAGAGAGAGAGAGAGAGAGAGAGAGAGAGAGAGAGAGAGAGAGAGAGAGAGAGAGCUAGCGCACGCACACGUGUGUAGCAGAAUGGGUGAAAGCAGAGGGAAGGGAGGGGAAGCUAAGGUAAAAAAUGAGCUUAUCUUUUUUGGAGUGUGAAUCAGAGUGUGGUGGUUUAUGGCUAUUAAGUUGAACGUUAAAGCGAGUCCAGGAGAAGAGCCACGGGCAUCAGUUUCCUUCCAGAUAGGUGAAGAGAAGGCCAGGCGAGUCCCAGGUUUUCAGAGCUACAUUUGUUUAACGUGAGGGGAAGUCAUGAGGAAGUGAGCAUUUCCAGUCUCCGGCUUUCCACAGUGGCCGCCUCUGAGCAGAUGUCCCUUUCUGCGUGGGCUAGAAGAAGUACACUGCAAGGUGAGGGUGAGGUCAUAGUUGUGGCUAGAAAAGAAGUUGCUUCAUCAGGACAGAACCAAGCCCCUUAGGCUGCCUGUGCUGGUGGUGUUUCCUUCUCUUUCCUUCCCUGUUAGAGAGCUCCGUGUUAAUUUAUUUCUUAUGCGCAAUUAUUUAUUUUCAUUUUGGGUAGGGGUGGUAGGGGGAGGUUAUAAGGAAGAUAGGAGAUAGUAAAGGAAGUUCUAAGAUACUCCAUACCCCCUAGCUGCUGGUACAAAAGAUAAAAGAAAAAAAAAAAGGGUCCCAGAUGGAUGGUGAAUUAAUUGACCAGGGAAAGAAAAUUAGAAUUAACCAAGAGUUAGAUUAAACAACUGUGUUGUGGGGAAGUGGCCUCUCAGGAAAAUCAGGGAGCCCUGAGACUGGCUAGUUGGGGGUGGUGAGACUCAUUCCACAGAAAUUGAAACUUGGGAUCAUGGACUUUGCUACUGGGAAGUAAGUAACCUCCACAUUUGGAACUGUUGUCUUCUAUGAUGAUUUUACAGGCCAGUUCUCUCUGCUGAAUCGUGAAGCUGGCUGGAUAGGUAGCUGCUGGGUUGCGGUAAUGAACUAUUGCUUUCCAGUUGGGAAUUGUCUUGGCCUCUCCACCCUAUCAAGUGGUCAGUGUGGGCCUGGCUUCUGUUGCCUCCAUCUUCUCUGAAGGAUCAUGAGGAAGCCCUUCCUCUGUAGGAGUCUUAAGUCUGGCUUCUGUUUUAAAAGAAUACAUGAGUCAUUCUGGUCUCUUUCCUUUUUCCAAUUGGGAGAGCAGGGAUAUCUAGUGCUUACACACAAACACUGAACACUGGCUGUUUUCUUGGUGUGUACCGCCUUGUAGCUGCCCCCCCCCCCAAGUUUUCCAGGCAGUUCUUUGUGGUGAAUAGCACACAUGGUGCCUGACUUUACCACCUUCCUUUGGCUCCUGACUGGGCAACUGCUAAAUCUGCCUCCUAGCCCAAUAAGUAUCCUAACCUCCUGUGACUCUUGACUAGCAACUUCCAUUAUUGGGGGCAAGGAGGGAGGUUCAAGGCAGGCCCUAUGUGGUUUUCUCAGAGAGACAAGGAGGUAUGGCUGAUGGGGUGUGUGUACUGUCCAGUAACACCAAAAGUGGGCCUUUCUCUGUCUUCAUACACACCCUGUUAGACACUGACUAUUCUACUCAUAGAAGCCUUAGAUCUACAAUCUAGCUAUGCAAAUUAUUUUUAAUAAUUGGAAAAUAGCAGUUCCAACCAGUGCUUUCUCUGUGAAAUGUAGCCCAAGAAUGGAUAGUCAAGGCAUUUGAAUUGGAGUGCGCUCUUAGGUUGAGGCUGGUGCAGUGGGAGUGAGCUAGUCCAGAUCUCUAUAAUUUGAAGAAUACACACAGAACUUGGGUUACAUGGAUGCCUCUCAGACCUUGGAACACUGAGCUCCCAGAGUUAUGUGUGUCUGUGUCAAGUGUGCCUGUGUUUAUGUCUGUCUCUGUGUGUUAGACUUUGGAACACUGAGCUCCCAGAGUUGUGUGUCUGUGUUUGUCUGUGUGUGUAUUACAUGGAUGUCCCUCAGACCUUGGAACACUGAGCUCUGGACUUGUGGGUCUGUAUGUACCAGGGAACUUGGUGAUUCUGUGUUCACAGAUAGAAUAUCACUAGAAAUGAUUUCAGUAGGGAACUGAAACCGUCAGUUUUUAAGCUGCCCAUAAGUAAAUGGGUAUUCUAAGAGGUAGCAUGUCUCUCCUCUACAUGCUGUCAUUCCAGGGCUUGGAACUCAUGUCAGCUUAGCCAAGGCUAACUCUUGGCAAGGCUCCUGGUUAAAAAAGGCUUUUAUAAUAAUGUGCAGCUUCUAUUGUGUAGGGGCAGGAGGGCAAUCAUGGGAGAUUGAAUUGCCUACUACUAAUCCCAUGGGCUUUGGCACAGGUACCUCCCACCCAACAAACCGAAAACACAUGGCUUUUCCUGUGGGCUGGUGGGGAAAUGUGCAUGCACACAAACAUUGGCAUGUGAUGUGGGGAGCAGGAUACUUACAGACCGUACUGUACGGGAUUGGAAACACUUAGUGGUAGGUAAGUGGGCAGGAAGAUCAGCUUGGUCUACAUACACAGUGAGACCCUGGGGAAAGGCAGACAAAGACAGGCUCAUGUUUUUUCUCUCAUUUUGUACUUGUCUUUCAUGGGGUGUUUUUAAGGGUCUCUCAAGUCUAAUCACUCUGAUGGAUUCUAAAUUCUUAUUCUAGGGAACACUACUAAAUGAUGCAAGAUGACACUUGAGAUACUUGAUUCCCUUUUCUUAUAUCUCUGGGUCAGAUCCUUCUUGAUGGCUUAUUCCUGAAGUCCCCGCCCCUUUGAGUUAUGCUACUUAAGUAUAUUGUUUCCUGGCUUAAAGAUAAUUCCAUCUGGCCCUUGGAACUCUCUUUUCUUUUGUGACUUACAACUAAAAAACGAAGUUCCCCACUCUGGGAAAAUGAAGCAAACAGCUAGGGUAUGUUUUGCUGAUAAGUUGAAACAAAGCAUCAGCCAUUUAGAUGGAAGUGCUGGUAGCAAGCAGUCAGUCUCUAACCCUGACGUUCAUUGCUCUGGAGCUGAGUCCUCCUCCCACGGGGGUUGGGGGUUGGGGGGGAGGUUUUCUGGAGGCUUUACAUUCCUUUUCCUGGAUAGACUCUUGCUUCCCACCUCCCUAUGGUUUCUACAUGACCAUAAGCCAUGGCCUUCAGUGCACUCAGCUAGGUUGCUCUCUCCCCACACAGCUGCUGAGAGAAGUCACCCUCCCCCACAGAUGACUGUGGCUUCUCUGCUGACUAAUUCCCAGGAAAUCACCUCAAGGCCGGUCUGAAAAUGCUGUGCUGCCCACUGCUCACUGGCAGACUCAGUUUCCUUUCCACUGACUCUUCUGCCCCUGUGUAUUCUAAUUGCUGUAAUCCCUCAAUGUCUGUUCUGUGCCUCUAGCUUGGCUGUAGGCUUUACGAGUACCUGAGUUCUGUAAUGAUGAGCUAAGCCGGCAGUGUCCACCCUCUUUGCUUUUCAGGGACCUAAGUCUGCGCCUUUCCCCUGCCACAAGUCUGUUUGCUGUAGUCAUCUAGUGUGCUGGGCAGACAGCCAGGCAGGCUGCGUAACCGACAAUGCAGAGGGCUGAGGGAGGCUGGGGCACUCUGCUACCACUACUAGGAUAUGUUCAGAUGAGAGGGGACCUCAUACUGUGACCUGACCCAGGACCCUCCCUGGAAGAGAAUUCAGCCCAGCUGUGUUUGAGUGAGUGUGUGUAUGCGUUUGCAUGUGUGUGCUCAUGUGCACUGUGGUGUAAAAUGACUGUUAUCUGGUUGUGUAACUCAGGGUAGGCUGGAGACUCACCAGAAGAAUCCCUCCAGCCUACCCAAGACAGAUUUUUCCCUUGUACCCUCUUCUGAGGGGUCAGAGAGAGGGUCCAGGUGGGUUGAAGGGGUUGCAAUGGAUAACCACUAAGGCCUCACUGCUGCCAGAGGAGUUGGGGGGGGGGAGAAGACGAGGUUGCCCCAAGGCCCUGGUAUCUGGCUUUAGUUUUCUGUCUUCUUUGCUCAGGACGCCCCAGAAGGCCCAGGACCUGUGCCUGGCUUAGAGGACCAUCUGUGGCUGGGUGAUCCAGCUGCUGGUGUGAUCAUGGGCUUCCCUCUCUCAGCAGGGCAGACAUCUUCUGCCCCAGAGACUGGGCAACUGGCUGUUUCUAUGACGUAUUUAUUUUUACUUGUGUUUCAUGUCACUUUUUUAAAAAAGCAAACAGAACAAUUGUAAGUCAGUAUAACUGCCUAUCAGUUUUCUUUAUUUCUCUUUUUGUAAAAUAAAAUUUAAACUCAA